UCAUAAUUACGUGUUCCUUGUUUUUCCUCAUCAGACGAUGCUGCACUACCGUUCUAAUCUGCUGCAGACCAUGAGCACGCUGCUCUUCUCACCCCUCUUGCUCACAGGUGUGUCUGAGCAGAAACAGCUCAUCGAGGUGGAGCUCUACCCAGAUUUCAAAUCAGACCUUUACCAGCCUGCCGUUGGUGCUGUGAUCGAGAUUCAGUCCUGCAGAGUCCAGAUUUAUUCUGCCCAGCUCAGGAUCCUUGCCUACUUCACUGGCAUUCGAUACCUCCUGUAUAAUUUCCCUGUGAUGUCUGCAAUCGUUGGGGUGGUGAGUAACUUCACCUUCCUCAGUGUCAUUGUGCUCUUCAGUUACCUGCAGUUCAUCUGGGGAGGGCUCUUUCCCCCCGAGCAGGUCAGAGUGAAGGUGAUGAUGGGAGACUCGACACGUCUUCAGCAGAGGAGGGAAGAAGCACGUAAACGUAUGCACUCAUCCUCCAGCACUCCUAUCAUGCCAUAUGGAAGAGAUAGCGGUGAAGCAGCAGAUCCACCAAAACAAACUGUUCGACACAAAGGUGAGUUGGACACUCCUAGUGCGACUAGGACAGAGGAACUGAAUCACCUGCAAGAGGAUGAAGCUGCUCAGGACUCCUCUACAGAUGAAGCUCCCAUUUUCCUUGAGGCUCCUCAUAUUGCAGAGACCCCUUUGAGCGAGGAGGACCCAGAUCAUGAGCAGAGGGCAGCGGGAAUGGGAAACGGGACUCAAGAUGAAGAAACUACCCAACCACAGUCCUCAGACACCAACCUUAGACAAAGACAUGGACCCUGGAUGAGGCUCUGAGCUCCAAACUCUGGAGCGACCACAAACACACAUACAUUCUGUUACAUUAGAGCGCAUUACGUGACUCAUAGCUAGCAUAUUUGAGACAUUCCUUUUGCAAUGCAUUUUUCAACAAUAAUUUUUUCAGAUGCAUUUGGAAACCAGUUUACCUCGUGGAGCUGAUGUGAAGCUAAAGAGAAUUUCCUGCUCUGCUGCUAUUGUUCUCCUUUAGCUGAUUACUUACUAUAGGACUUAAAAGUCCCCUUUAGAGUCCUGUCAUGCUUUAACCUGUCGUUACUGAGGUCUGUGGUUCUGUUACAAUAUCAGUUUUGCAUGUAAAGUGUAACUACUGUAGGUGUGUUCCUCUGCGUUAUGAUGUUAUCACAAAAAUUUUUACCAUGGCUAAGCAGUUCCGCUCAACUUCUUGGGAUAUUAUACAAUUUGUUUCAUCAAUUUCACUUAUUUUACAGCAGAAAAUGCAAAACAUAUUUUGUUAAAGAGAAGCAUGUUACAUAUUAUGAAAAAUAAA